AUGGCAAAAGCCUAUGAUCGUAUGGAGUGGCCAUUCCUCCGGAAUAUGAUGCUAGCUCUGGGCUUUGUUGUUGAAUGGGUUGACCUAGUAUUACUCUGUGUCACCACUGUCUCAUAUAAUAUCCAGAAAGCUCAGGCAGAAGGUUCCAUUCAUGGAUGUAGGGUAGCUAGAGGUGCAUCGCCUAUCUCGCACAUGUUCUUUGCGGAUGAUAGCCUUCUGUUUUUCAAGGCAAAUUCCCUCGAAGCAGGGAUGAUUAAACAUUGUUUAGAGGUAUAUGAAGGUAUGUCUUGUCAGGCUGUAAACUAUCACAAAUCUAGCAUUUGUUUUAGCAGAAACACUACUGAGAGUGCUCGCGAGGAGGUCGCUGGUGUGUUAGGUGUUGUUCAGGCAGCAAAUUUUGGUAGAUACCUGGGCCUACCAAAUUUUGUGGGAAGAAAUAAGAGAGCUGUUUUGCAUAUAUUGAAGACAAGAUUAGACAGAGAAUCUGCUCAUGGAACAAGAGAUUACUAUCACAGGCUGGUGCUGAAAGAGGAAUACAUUGGAAGGCCUGGGAUCGCUUAUGUGUGCCUAAGAAGUUUGGGGGCUUGGGUUUCAAGGAACUCCGUGCUUUCAAUCUGGCAAUGCUGGGAAAACAAGCCUGGCGUUUUUUAA